CUUCCGGGGCUUCCGGCGACUCUCGUGGGCGCUAGCAUGGACCGUAACCCGUCCCCUCCUCCUCCUAACUGCAAUCAGGAGGACGAGGAGGACCUGGCCGGGGGAGACUGCAUUGGGAGCACGGUCUACAGCAAGCACUGGCUCUUCGGAGUACUCAGCGGACUCAUCCAGAUUGUCACACCUGAAAGUGCCAAGUCCGGCUCGGAUGAUGAUGAGCAACAGAUGGAGCUCACUGAGGAAACGGAGAACGAAAUCUGCAGAGUCUGGGAUAUGUCCAUGGAUGAGGAUGUGGCUUUGUUUCUACAAGAAUUUAAGGCUCCUGAUAUAUUCAUGGGAGUGCUGGCCAAAUCCAGGUGUCCCCGAUUAAGAGAAAUCUGUGUGGGAAUUUUAGGGAAUAUGGCUUGUUUCCGGGAGAUAUGUGUGUCCAUCAGCAGCUGCGAAGAUCAUGGGCAGGUGCUUCUGCAGUGUUUGUGCGACUCAGACCCACCCACUCUGCUAGAAACCAGCAGGUUGUUGCUUACUUGCCUUUCCCAGGCAGAAGUGGCCAGUGUCUGGGUUGAAAGGAUCCGGCAACAUCCGUCCAUUUAUGCUAGCGUCUGCUUCAUCAUGUCAAGUUCAACAAAUGUUGACUUGUUGGUGAAGGUUGGGGAGGUCGUGGACAAGCUCUUUGACUUGGAUGAAAAACUCAUGUUGGAGUGGAUUAGAAAUGGGACUGCCCGGCUUCCAGACCAACCCCAGGAGGACUCUGAAGAGCAGCCAGUAUUUUCUUUUGUACCCAGUAUACUGGAAGCUGCCAGACAAAUACGGUCUGAAAACCUGGAAGGACUGGAUGUUUACAUGCACAUCUUACAGCUGCUCACCACCGCGGACGAUGGGAUUCAAGCAAUUGUACAGUGUCCUGAUACUGCAAAAGACACAUGGAAUUUACUUUUUGACCUGGUGUGCCAUGAAUUCUGCCAAGUUGGUGACCCGCCCAUCAUACUGCAGGAGCAGAAAACAGUGCUGGCCUCUGUCUUCUCCGUGAUGUCUGCCAUCAGUGCUUCGUGGGCUGCACAGGAGCACCCCAAGAGGGAAGAAGGCAAGUGCAGUUCCCUUCCACCAAUUAAACUGGCACCCACAGAUCUGGAUCUUCCUCUAAUUGACAGCCUGAUUCGGGUGUUACAAAAUAUGGAACAUUGUCAGAAGAAACCAGAGAACUCCACAGAGUCCGACCCAGAGGAGCCUACAAACUGUGGUUCAACCCAAGAUGAGUUCCAUAUGAAGAUCCUGAAGGAUAUUUCAUGUGAAUUCCUUUCUAAUAUUUUUCAGGAGUUAACAAAGGAAACUGUGGCUCAGGGACUGAAGGAGGGCCAGUUAAACAAAGAGAAGUGUUCCUGUGCAUUUCAGAGCCUCCUGCCCCUCUACAGCCCCGUGGUGGAAGACUUCAUUAAAGUCCUUCGCAAGGUUGACAAGGCUCUUGCCGAGGACCUGGAAGAAAGCUUCCCCAGUGUGAAGGCUCAGGCUUGAGACCCGAGUUGGAGUUCUGCUCUCUAAGGAAUAAACUGUUUCCAGUGGUUUGAAGUUGGCGUUUGGAAGAUUUGGAUGAAUGUUGUAUCAGACCGUGUACUUCCUGAUGUCCCUCCUCCCCAUUUACCCCACUUUCAUUUGCGCCGGUCACUAGAGUUUCUCCACUGUCACCUCCCUCCCCUUUGUACAGAGACCAUCAGCGCACACCAUCCCCUUUUCCAGUCCCAGUGGCCCACCGCGCAGAUCUUUGCACUUACUUCUUCAUAACCAUGAGGGCUGUGCUGUUCCAUCCGGGGAUGAAAAGGAAGAGGCAUUCUAGAAAGUUCUGGCAGCUUCCCCUGACCCCUGUUCUGUGAUAUAUUUAAUGUCCCUAUCCUCCCCGCACUCUGUAAGAGGUAAGGUGUGACCAGCUUAGAGCGCUAACCUGCUAAUACACUGUAGUGGUUCUGUGAGCAUUUAACAGGCUGUGUAGACUUCCCAGAUUGUUAGUGACAACUUGGAAGCAGUAGUUACUCUCUUAGUUUAGGUGUCUAUUGCUGUACAGAGACACCAUGACCAUGGAACUCUUAUGAAGGAAACCAUUUUAUUGUGGCAGCUCACUUAGAGUUCAGAGUUUAGUCCAUUGUCAUGGUGGGACAUGGCAGCAUGCAGGCAGACACGGUGCUGGAGAAGGAGCUGAGAG